GAGGACUCGUAGGGGAAGAGAACAGACUUUUACCGAGAGGGGUCAAGUGAAAGAGGUGGUCAGUGUUGUACUACAGUGAUUGUGAAUGAUUUCUUCUGUUAGACUGAAGGUUUAGCGUCUAAUUUAAGUAUUGUCAGGUGGCUCCAAGCCUUUGACUCAGACAGCGUCCUCAAACCGAGGCUUCUCCGUCGGAUUUGGACUCUUUUUGUGACUGUGAUCGUUGAUUUGGGCCGAUCCAGGAUGUCAGGACAGAGCAUCACCGACAGGAUAACUGCUGCUCAGCACAGUGUCACCGGGUCGGCUAUCUCCAAAACGGUGUGCAAAGCGACCACACAUGAAAUAAUGGGGCCAAAAAAGAAACACUUGGACUACUUGAUCCAGUGUACAAAUGAGAUGAAUGUGAACAUCCCUCAGCUGGCUGACACACUGUUCGAGAGGACCACCAAUACAAGCUGGGUAGUCGUCUUCAAGUCUCUCACCACCACUCAUCAUCUCAUGGUCUAUGGCAAUGAGAGAUUUAUACAGUAUCUGGCCUCAAGGAACACAUUAUUCAACCUCAGCAACUUUUUGGAUAAAAGUGGUCUACAAGGCUAUGAUAUGUCAACGUUCAUCAGGAGGUAUAGCCGCUACCUGAACGAGAAGGCUGUGUCCUACAGACAAGUGGCUUUUGACUUCACUAAAGUGAAAAGAGGGUCUGAUGGUGUGAUGAGAACCAUGAACACAGAGAAGCUCCUGAAGACCAUCCCCAUCAUCCAAAAUCAGAUGGAUGUGCUCCUCGAUUUCAAUGUCAAUGCCAAUGAACUGACCAAUGGUGUGAUCAACGCAGCCUUCAUGCUUCUGUUUAAAGAUGCUAUCCGACUGUUUGCUGCGUACAACGAGGGCAUAAUCAACCUCCUGGAGAAAUACUUUGACAUGAAGAAGAUUCAGUGCAAAGAAGGACUUGACAUUUACAAGAAAUUCCUCACCCGAAUGACAAGAAUCUCAGAGUUCCUUAAAGUUGCAGAGCAAGUGGGGAUCGAUCGAGGGGACAUCCCUGACCUGUCUCAGGCUCCUAGCAGCUUACUGGAUGCCCUGGAGCAGCACCUGGCUUCUUUAGAGGGAAAGAAAGUCAAAGACUCGACAGCAGCGAGCAGGGCGAGCACCCUCUCUAACGCCGUCUCCUCUCUGGCCAACACUGGAAUUUCCUUCACCAAAGUGGACGAGAGGGAGAAGCAGGCCGCCCUAGAAGAAGAGCAGGCUCGCCUUAAAGCACUAAAGGAGCAGCGUCUGAAGGAGCUCCAGAAGAAUCCUGCCACGGACACAACAGACUCCUCGCCUGUUUUCUCCGUGGGUGGGACCAUCAACUCAACCCCAGCCAUCGACCUCUUCUCCACCCCCAGCUCAACCAACAGCAACUCCAAAGCAGCCAAUGACCUGCUUGACCUGCAGCCGGCCUUCCAGCAGCCCCUGCCACUCUCCACCAAUACAUGGGGGAGUGAGGGCUCCGCCCCUUUUGACUCCUUCUGUGGGCCAAACCCUUACAACACAACUCCUCUCUUCAAUUCUGAUCCCCUUGCCGUAGCUGGUCUAUUCAGAGGGUUUACAUCCUCACCAACACCCCAGAUGCCACAGAACACUCAAGGCCUUAACGUCGACUUCGACUCUGUAUUUGGCAACAACACCAAUGCCAACAACCUGGAUUGUACAGAUGUUUUAGGUGACAUCCUCAAACCCACAGUCGCAUCCUCACCCAGUCAGGACCUGACCAUGAAUGGCCAGCAGACCCAUAAACUGGUGUCCAACGACCUGGACUCAUCACUGGCUAAUCUUGUGGGCAAUCUGGGGAUCGGUAACGGCACAGUUAAAAAUGAUCUUCACUGGAGUCAGCCUGGAGAGAAGAAGCUAACAGGUGGAACCAACUGGCAACCCAAGACGGCUCCGUCUACUACCUGGAACCCUGCAUCUAUGGCACCAUCUGUCAUGGCCUUCCCUGCAACCACACCAACGGGCAUGAUGGCAUAUGCAAUGCCUCCUCACAUGAGCUCCAUGAUGAUGACACAGCCUACUAUGAUGUACACCCAGCCCGUAAUGAGGCCUGCCAACCCAUUUGGGCCGAAUCCAGGUGCACAGCAGAUGCAGUUCAUGUAAUCUGAGGGGGAAGAGUCUGUCCUGUCUGAAAAUGAUUCACAACUUCAAGUCUCCAGCAAACCUGCAGUUUGCUUUUAAUGAACUCACCUCUCUGAGAAAGGAAGGCCCAUCAAAGACAUGUUGAACAAACCGUGGUGACUGGGAUCGGCUGUGGCCGUCUCAGAGAGGCAUCACAGUGAACAUUGUGCUCAUCUCGUCAUGUCUGCGUCAUGGAGGGAGGAGAAGAGCUUGUGCCUCCAUUCAAACCAUUUGGACCCACUGUUUCUUGUCCAAGAGGAACACAACAUCCAAAGAGGGAGCUCUCUGACAUCGCUGAUCACGAAUCUGAAAUCAGAAUCAAAGGUCAGAGGUUGUCACCCUGUUGGAGUUGCCUUUCUGUUCCUCUGCCUCCAGGCAAAGCUGUCACUUCCUUUUAUUAAUCAGUCAUGAUUAACAGAUCCCAAAUAAGAAGAACAAUGUCUGCUCCUCUUUAUACCACAGUUUUCUUUUCUCUCUUCUUUCUCUAUUGUUUGCAGUAGACAUUCCUUGUGUAUUGUUUGUAUUUAUUUAUGAUUACCAACAGAGAGGAUGAUUAAAAAACAAAGUAUGUAACUAGUCACUGACCUCCUCCUCGGGGGAGGUUUUCAGGUUCAUACGUGGGUAUGAUUGCUUGUAGAAUUGGAUUUUGAGUGAUUGAGAUGAUUUGUUUGAAAGAGAAACUAAUAUAAAGAUUAAAGAGAUGAUGUUUGCUUUUGGGGCACUAAAUAUUCUCUGUACUUGCGGGAUGCAUUGUACAGUAAUCUGUAGCUUUAGGGCUCAGAUUGAAGAUGUGUGUGAACGUGAUUAGCACGGUCAAAGGGGGGGUGGGUCUCUACGAUUGGCGUGGGAUCAUUCGUCACACCAGAAGACGCAGUACAUUUUGUGAUUGAGGCAGCACUAAAUUGGGAAGAAUUGCAUUUAUUCUUUGAAGCUUUUGGCAUGCCAUUCCCUGUUGGGUUUCCAAAGCUCCUGGCUGCCCUUUUCCCGCCUGAAUGUUCAGGGUCCCUUUCAUGCUCAGAUCUCGUUUCCACAGAUGAGCACCGGGGGGCUCAGGAUGAUGCGGAGAUACGAGGAAGCAUCAGUCGUAGCUGCUGAUUGGUAGCAAGGGAAUAGGUUUAGGGCAGUCUGCUUGUGCAGGAAAGUAGAGCGCUGUUGAUCGGUGCUUUGUGUACAUAAAACAAAUCCUGCCAACUGCAUGACUACAGGAAGAUGGUCUGAACAUAAAAGUGGCCCUUUCUCCAUUAACUGAGCAUCUUUGCUGUAUCGCCCCUGCAGAUUAUAUUUUUGUUUGAUUUUUUCCAAUAAAGUGCAAGCUUCCUUA